AUGACUGUGUGUUUAUUCAUCGGAUUGUGGUUAAUCACACUCGUAGUGCCAUUGAUGCAAGCGGAAAAAAAUGUUGUUUGCUACUACGGAUCCUGGGCAAGUUACCGACACGGAAAUGGCCAGUUCACAGUUGACAAAAUAGAUCCGUUUUUGUGUACUCAUUUGAUUUACUCAUUCGUUGGUGUCAAUGCAAACGGAACGAUUCGUGUGCUGGACCCCUGGUUAGACCUGGAGGACAACUGGGGUUUGGCAACGAUGAAAAAAUUUAACAACUUGAAGAAAAUUAAUACCAAUUUGAAGACACUGGUGGCUGUCGGUGGUUGGAACGAAGGUUCGGAAACUUUUUCCGACGUGGCACAAAAUGGCAUUUUUAGAGCUCGCUUCGCAAAGGAUGCUGCAGAGUUUUGUAUUCGUCAUGAGUUUGAUGGUCUUGACGUUGACUGGGAAUAUCCCGCACAGCGGGACGGUGAUCCUACUGUAGAUCGAGAAAAUUUCGUUCACCUACUUUCAGACCUUCGGAAGGAAUUGUCCAAGCAUGGUUUGCUGCUUACGGCAGCAGUGGCAGCAGCAGAAACUUCCGCUUCUAUUUCGUACAACAUUCCAGAGAUAUCGAAAUACUUGGAUUUUAUUAAUUUGAUGACCUACGACCUUCACGGUCCGUGGGAAGCAACAACAGGACAUCAUGCACCGCUAAUUGCCGGACCCAAUGACGUCACUGUUACUCAUCGAGAGCUUAACGUCGAAAGUUGUAUCAGUUUUUGGCUACAAGCUGGUGCUCCAGCGGAGAAGUUAAACCUUGGCGUUGCAUUCUAUGGCCGUACAUUUACGCUGCGAUCGACCAAUGAAAACUACAUCGGUGCUUCUGCCAGUGGACCAGGUCAAGGUGGGCCCUAUAGCAAUGAGGCAGGGUUUUUGGGUUAUAAUGAGAUUUGCGAGAAAUUGUUGACUGAUAAAUGGCACCUUGCGUGGGAUGAUGAUCAACAAGUACCUUACGCAUAUAGCGGGAAUCAGUGGGUUGGAUUUGAUGAUGCUGAGAGCUUAUUAUUGAAGUGUGAUCUAGCAAAUCAAUACGGAUUAGCAGGGGCCAUGAUCUGGUCAAUCGAAACCGACGAUUUUAAUGGAAGGUGCGGUAACAAGUAUGAAUUGUUGAAAACCCUUCAAAGUGGUUUGGAUGAUGGUCAAACAACAACCAGUGUUUCUUCUACUAGUGAAACGACUCCAAGCAAAGAAACCACAAUUGUUAGUAGCAGUACUGUAAGCUCGGUGACUACUGACAGCACGUCUACUACAACCGUAAAGUCUACUACAGCUGGUUUGGAAUUCAUCUGUUCUGAAACUGGAUUUUUCCGAGAUCCUGUGGAUUGUGCCAAAUUCUAUUACUGCGACGGGUCUGUACGUUAUGAUUUCCAGUGCCCUUCUGGGCUUUGCUUUGACACCACAAUAUUGGCCUGCAAUUGGGCUAAAGACGUUCAGUAUAGAAUAAAAAGCAACGAUUAG